UGCAAUAGACUUCCUGCCCCAUCUGUCAAGAAGAAGCCAUUGCUGAAACAGGCAGCGCACAUUGUGUUCUGGCAGUUAAUGCACGGACGCAGAAAAAUCUUUUCACACUUGCAGGAAACGCAUGCGCGUAGAGAGAACCAACUGGUUUGUGUCACCGAGGCAGACGGAUGUGAUCGAGCCAAAAAUCACCUGUAUUCUGGCAUUCAUGGUGACACAUCCAUGGGCUCAGAGCGGGUGGAGAUGCGCAAGAGACAGAUGCAGGUUCAUCAAGAAGCAGCUGCCAGUGUCCUCCAAGCACGCCACAGAAUGGGAAACACCCCCACCAACGCCUCGAAUGCCUGCUGCUUCUGCUGGUGCUGCUGUUGUAGCUGUUCCUGUUUGACUGUUAGAAACGAAGAUGAAACAAUACAAAGAUCCACGUUUGAGAGCAGGACGGAGAAAACCACGAAUUGUGAAGAAAGCCCGAAGCCUACUCUGGAAGACGCUCGCUCCUGGGCAACGUCAUUUGAAAAGGUGAUGAAAAGUGCAGCUGGGCGAAGCUGCUUCAGGCAGUUCCUGAGAACAGAGUUCAGCGAGGAGAACAUGAUGUUCUGGCUCGCCUGCGAGGAGCUCAAAAAGGAGACAAACAAGACUGUGGUGGAGGAGAAAGUCCGUCAAAUCUAUGAGGACUUCAUCUCGAUCCUCUCCCCUAAAGAGGUCAGCUUGGAUUCACGCGUUCGAGAGGUGAUAAACCGCAAUAUGCUGGAGCCGACCUCGCGCACCUUCGACGACGCUCAGCAGCAGAUCUACACGCUGAUGCAGAGAGACUCGUACCCCCGCUUUAUAAACUCAUCUGCAUACACAGAUCUGCUGACGAGCCUGGAGGAGGCUCAGUCUCCCUCUGAGCCAUAGACUCGCCACUGCCACACAAUGCUUUCUAGCGCAUGCGUCCCACCCGAAGGAGUUUUUGUGUUCAUGUUGGGAGUCCUGCUAUUUUAAGAAAGACAGACAUGAAAAUGAACACUACUUAUCCAGCUGUAACUGCUGUUUAUUCACCCAUGAUUAGCUUACCAAAACCUUUGGAGCAAACAAGAACAAAUGCUCGGUUCAGUAUCAGUUACUUGUCUAAAACAUAUCUAUAUUUUUCUAUACUCCCUAGCGCUUGACAUUGCACUUUUCUACCUUGUUUAAUGAGGAAACGCAUGUAUCUGUGAGCACUGCAUUUGUAUUUAGGUAUAUUGUGAGCCUUAAUGCAUAUCCAGUUCUUGUAGAAACUAGUAGUUUUUAACAGUAACUUAAGAAGAAGGAAAGUGCCUUGGAAUAAGAUCUUCUACACUAGCACCUUUGGUCUAACAUGAAUGGUGCGACAAUGACUUCACAUGUUGGUGCUUUCAGCUCUUCUCAAAGAUCAAAGUUUUUACAACUUGACGAGCUGAUACCCAGAAAUAGAUCGUCUUUGUGUUUCAAUACUGUGAUAUUAGUCUAUAUUUAAUUUAAGCAUAACAGGGAAAAACAAACUGAAUACACGACCAUGACCACUGAUAUAUUUGUGUAUUUUAAAAAAAAGAAUUUGUGUGAAAUAACUAUAUGAGUUCUCACAAAUUAAAUAAAGCACAAUCAUAUGUUG